AUGUUUUCACCCUCGCACCCUGACUUCCGAAUCCCUUCAGCCACUGUAGAGGAGACAAGCUCAUCGUACGCGUAUCAGUUGCCCACCUUAGCAGAUGACGCUGCUCAUCGAUCCUGGCUUGUGUCUCCCCGUAUCUCGCGGCGCGACUCGAUAUCUGCCGAAGCCCGCACAUCUUCAGAACACCAUACGUGCUUGUUGAGUGAUGGCGGCCUCAGGCAACCAGUUCCCUCCUCGAAUGCUUAUGUCCGUGGAUCUCCUCCUGAGCAUUUGCCUUCUCAGCGCUUUGGCGGCGAGCACACAUCUUUUGAUACAACAUGCAUUCAUGAUUCUUCUGCGCAUAUAGCCCAGCACGGUCCCUCCGCGCCCAAUCAUCGACAACCACCAUCAAGAAGCUGGCUCCUGUCGUCGACCGAGGCACAGGCCAAUGCUUCACACGCAUCACCUGAAUUGGAGGUAUCUGUCACUUCUUCUUCGAUAUUUGAUAUCGGUUUAUCUGAUGCAUGCAGAGACGUUAUAUGCGCGUUCAUAAAAAGCCAGCCAUACGGAAUUGCGGUCCCGAUCAAGCCGUGGAUGCAGCUUCUAUCGUUCAUACUGCGACACAGGCGAGCAGGACCCAUCAUCUCUGCAGUGAGGAGACGCGUGAUUUUCGCUCUCCACAUACUGAUCAUAUGGAAAUUGACGAUAUGGGUAUUGUCACAUUGGGUGGCAACGUCACCAGCCAGCCCUCCAGAGUACGUGCUUAGACCUUCGGGCAGGAAGUUCUUGACAUUCCAGGCUAGCGACCGUGAUGUGAACAUUGCGCAGCUGUAUGGGCGGUUGCAAGACGUUGAUGACAGAAUGACUUGCUACAAUGACAUUCUGCUGGAAUUUCGGCAUAUGAGCGAGACGUACCUUUCAGCUCUGAUGGAGGACGUUAGGUCAAUGCAUCUGGCUGGGUCGAUUGGAGAGAAACAUGAGGAUUGUAGUAGAGAGGAUGGCCGGGGGCAACACAGUAAAGAUCAUGCAAAUCUCAGGAGACGCCGGAUUCAGAAGCAUUACCCUCACCAGGAUCACCAAUGCCGCGACCUCGCCCAAGCCAAGCAUCACUGCCCACAUGGCAUGGAGUUCUGUGGGCCAUUUCAGAUUGCAAGGUUUUCACUACAAUGCUUGGUAGCAAUCGAGCUCAAAAGUCGCGCUGAGAUGUCACAAUCUCGGGAAAUCGAAAGCGUCGCUUUUGUCUUGCGCUGGGCAGAUGCGAUAGUUUCCCCAAAAUUAAGGUCCAUGCCGGACCAAGUGUACGGCAUGGCGGCUAAUAGUCUCUGUGCUCGAUCAGCAGCUACUGAGAGUCUAGCUGUUGAUAAGCAGCUCAUCCGCCUUUCGUUUCAUGUGGAAGCAUCUGGACAGAAUCACCCAAAAGGCCUGCAAUUGCUCGGGAAGGCACCUGGACAGACGUGCUUGCCCGCUUGCCGUGCACCUUGGCACUUCCAUGGAGAUUCCGUCAUGUUCGAUCAAAAUGUGCAAGCUCGAGGGAAACCCGUGCACCCAAGAGGAUGA